AUGGUGCUGAGUCACACCUCUCUGCAAUGCUUAGCUGCCACUUGCAUUCGGGAACUGGGAUUCCUUAUAAGUUUCGUCAUCAUCAUGAAAAUGAGAAUGGACAUUUUUCGAAAGGGUAGUUUUCUGACAGAAAGGAAGAUUCUGGAAUACGCCUUGCGUCACAGAGAAUGGUCAACUCAGGGUAUAAUUCAGACCCUGGGUCCAAUCCAGGGUCGCCCAGGUCAAAAAACAAUGCUAGAAAUGGUCGAGAUGGGCGGGCCAGCGGCUGAAAAGAAUUCCUCCUCUCCAUUGGGCACUGAACACUGCCAUGAGGAGGCCAAGGAGGAAGAACGUUCUUUAUUGUGCAUGGCAGCUCUUCGUGGACAUGAAAACUUCGUCAGAUUCCUCGUUGAAUCCCAAAAUGCACACAUCGAAGAACUGGGCACAGUUGCAGUCCGAGGAUUUCCUGUACCUGAAGUGCGUGCUUUAUGGUGUGCUAGUGUUAAAGGCCACUACCGGAUAGUUGAAUUUCUCCUUUCCAAAGGGGCUAAUCCAAAUGGCGUUACUACUUUCGAAAGCUCUCCGUUGCGAGCAGCAUGUGAGCAAGGCCACCUCCAUACUGUCAGACUGCUUGUGCAACACGGAGCAGAUAUUGAUGCUACUAAUGAAAGCUGUGUCACUUCUCUGAUGAUAGCUUCCUUCUACGGCUAUUUGGAAAUAGUCAAGUGCCUCUUAGAUGCUGGUGCUGAUGUGAACAGCAAAAAUAAAAACGGGAAAAGCGCACUGCAUUACUGCUCAGAAGCAGGACAUGUGGAGGUCAUGAAAGCGUGCUGGACCACAACGCUCUGA